UGUAUCACAAAGUCCUAUCAUCCUCUUCCUGGUAUUAGCGUGUUGACGCUACACCUACUUCGGGUGUUAAAAACGAGCGGCAGGAGUGAGCGUUUGACACGGUUUUCCUCUGGAAAGACCUCGACAGCGUUUCUCAAGCAGCCGUCAGGAAGCGUUUGACACACGGUCCAAGAGCUGUCACGGGACACGGGAGCGUUCGUGCGAAGCGGCGCGAGGGCGCAAUGGAGCUCCGUCGGCUACUAUGAAGAUGCGCGCGACAAGGUGAACUCCAGAGGUGCUGUUGAACUCCAGAGUCUGUUUUUACUGAGAGAAAAUGAGGUUUCGGCUGUUCAAGAAGAAUCUGCUGGUGCUGCUGGGUGUUUCUGUAGUACUUGUGACUCUGUUGUUCUCAACACGUGUGUUAAUGGUUUCUAAUAAUGACACAAGCAGACCCGGUAACACCAUGAAGAGGAGCCAGUGCGUGCGUUCUAGUGACCCAGUUAAGUUUAACUCCGGGUCGGUGUCAGAAUUGGCUCAGUCCGUUUAUAGUGCCAACUUUAAGCAGUGUGUUCAGAAUGCAGAUAAAUUUCCAGGGGACCCUCAGCUGGUGCUGGUCGUGCAGGUCCACAACAGGCCUGAAUACCUCAGACUGUUCGUCAAAUCGUUGGAGAAAGCUGCUGAGGUCCACAGCUUCCUCCUUAUCUUUAGCCAUGACUAUUUUUCUGAGGAAAUCAACACAAUUGUUCAAGGGAUAACUUUCUGCAAGGUACUGCAGAUUUAUUUCCCCUUCAGCACUCAGCUGUAUCCCAGAGAGUUUCCUGGGCAGGAUCCACAAGACUGCCCUCGAGACAUACCCAAGGACAGAGCUUUGAAAACAGGAUGCCUGAAUGCAGAGCACCCCGACUCCUAUGGGCAUUACAGGGAAGCCUUCAUCACUCAAACCAAACACCACUGGUGGUGGAAGUUGCAUUUUGUGUGGGAGCGAGUGCAAGUGAUGCAGGGCUACAGUGGCUUUGCUGUAUUUCUAGAGGAAGACAAUUACAUCUUACCAGACUUUUUCCACUUCUAUAAAUCAAUGAUCGAGUUCAAAAAAACCAACUGCCCAGACUGUGACAUGCUAGCUUUGGGUAACCACAAUGGCCUGGAUGGUUUCAGUGGACUAUCCAACAAGGUGCUGACCACUGGGUGGAUGUCCACUAAACACAACAUCGGCAUGGCCUUCUCGAGGGAGGUGUACUACAAGCUGAUUGGCUGCAGCAAUGAAUUCUGCACCUAUGACGACUACAACUGGGACUGGACUUUGCAGCACCUCUCUGGCACCUGCAUAUCAAAGACGCUCAAAGUGCUGGCAGCCCUCGGCUCCAGGGUUCUUCACACAGGAGACUGUGGACUUCACCAGAAGGAGAACUGUAGGCCAGAGUGGGCCUCUCAGAAGGUUGAAGAAGGACUUCAAAAAGCCAAGGAGGGCCUCUUUCCUCCAUCUCUUGUCCUCAAUGGUGCAGAACCGGUGGCACACAAAGAGCACGUGAAGAAUGGAGGAUGGGGAGAUAUUCGAGAUCACGUUCUAUGCAAUAACUAUGCCAAACGACUUUGAGCUGUGACAUUUCACAUUCUACAGAUGUACCAUCUGAAAAGAACUUUUCAGGGUUUUAGAGCAUUUUCACUUUACAUGUUUUUUGCGUCUUCCAAAAAUGUGACCAAAUCAGAGUAAAUCAUAUUGCAUAUUCAACACAGUGCAGUUUUUUUUAAUUACCAAAGAUGUACAGGUGCCAAAGCCUUUGAAAAUUUUGUAUAGUGCCUUCAAGCUCAGUUCAUUUGAAUGUCACAGAUGUCUCUGGGUGUCCUACAGGUAUCCAUUAGGUUAGAUCUAUAAUACUGUUGUAAAAUAAGAGUAAACCAAAUCCAGAGUGUGCACAGACUUUAAAUUAUAAGACUGAUAAUUUAUGGUUUUAUUUGCAAAUUCUGUGACUUGGAACACUGCACAUGUUUAUCUACAUGAUUUUCACUUUGCUAAUGCAUAAUUAUUUUUUUUUUAUCAAUCAUUGAACUGCAAUGUUUUAAAAUGUAUGCUUUUUAUGGUACGUUUUAAAGUGACAACAGAAAGACACAACAUUCAGAUUUUCAGGUUUAAUCAAAAACUGUGCGUGGCAAUCAUAAGUAUAUUAGGAACAUUGUAGCACAUACAGCAGACUGUUCCUUAGCCAUGGACAUGAAUGAUUUUUGUUUUUUAAAUGAAAUAGAAUUUUCAUUUUGAAAUGUAAUGUUCAGUUUCUGGCUUCUCUAACCAGGGAUCUCUCUUUGAGGUGAUAUUGCCAAACAUUUAAUCAGUCUCCUGCUCUCUGUCGUAUUGACUCCUGGUUGCAAAAACAGGAACUGACAUAUUUGCUUUCCGAUAUGCAAAAGUGAACCAACUGCAACAGGAUCAGGGUCCUGUGAUGCUGCAUUUCUAUAUUUGCACCUUUUUUAUUUGUUGAGAAAACAGAUUUUCAGAUGUGACUAAAUGUAAUGAACUGUGUUGUGCUAUAUAGAAAAGAAAACUUGUUUCUUUCGACCCACUUUUGCUGAAGUUGCUUUUUCAAGUGUAAAACAUUGGGUGAAUGAACCUAGGUAUAGUGAUACAUGAGUGCCUUUAAGCAGACCUAAGGUGCCGUUUUUAGCCUAAACGUUUUGCUUUGAUAUUUUACAGGUUUUAAUCUCAUUAGAUGUUGAGGGAGAGUGAAAUGUGAAUGUUGGUUUUACCAAAAUCUUCAAUCUGCAGUUUGAUGAGAAUAUUUUAACACUGGCAUUGUGCUCCCUAUAGGUUUAAGUCACCCCGCAUACUGAUAUCGAUCUGAUAUUGGUGCACCUCAGUGAGCUGUCUAGUGACUGAAAUGCAUGUGGUAAUGAAAUGAUUCCUAAACUUUUUUUGGUUGUUAAAAAGCACAUCUUAAAGUUCAUGGCACAGGUUAGAUGUGUAUUUUGUACCAAGGACUUUAUGUGGUGUAUCUGUUUGUUGUUUGCUGAUUCCUGACUUAACUGAGAAUGAGACAGCCUGUUUAUUUGUUUUUGUUUUGUUUUUUUUGUGUUUUUUUUAUGUUUCUUUCUGAUCAUCACUUGAAGUAGCUCUUUUGACAAAUGGGGAAGAAAAUAAAAAAAUGUUGAGUUUUCA